GAAGCGGUACAGACGAAAUCCCACAUUGCCUCAUUUGUGCCGACCCGAUCUCGAGUAUUGCCGUCGCAACACAGUCACUGUCGUCAUCCCUACCACACCAACAACUACUACCUUACCCAAGAAAAGACCACCGAGACCAACAUGUCGCAACUCGGAAUGGCCAACACCAUUGCCACUGCUACUGGCGUCCUCGGGUGCGCAUGGUGGGCAGGCGCGGCAGCAUCAUUGUCCAUGUUCAGCAUCCCCGCCAUUCUCCAAACCAGCGCCGAGCCAGGUCAUGCACUGAAGCUGUGGCAACACAUAUUUUUGAACGGCGCGUCGACCGGCCCAAAAGUAGCGCUCGCCGUUACGCUCUCGCUGGCCUACUCUGCAUACGAUCGCUACGACCAGGGUGUUGCGUGGAAGCCGUUUGUUGCCGCUGGAGCUUUGAGUCUCGCCAUCGUGCCCUAUACCAUCAUCUUUAUGUCGUCAACGAAUAAUGCGCUCAUGGCCGGUGCACGGGGCAUCGCAACGCUGGGUCUGUCCGAGACCACGGAUUUGUUGAAGAGGUGGCAGGCACUCAACGCCGUGAGAAGCAUCAUUUCCCUUGCGGGCGCCGCUAUCGGUUUGUGGUAUACUGCUUUCCAAUGAGCGUGAAAGGGUUUGGUUCUAUCCAAGACAUAUCGAUCGUUUCUGUAUAGACAGGGAACCGAGGCGACGGAACGGCGACAGAUUCAUGUUAGAUAAAGAUAGUCCUCGAGGUGUGCCGACCAGGCAGAUGGUAGGCGGCCAGUGCAACAACAGGUGGUCAUCCCAUUCCCGUUGGUUGCUUCAGUGUCAGGAAGUGGUAGAAAUGGCACUUGGUCGACGCAAUGCACAACAGCCGGUCCCUGCAAGCCUUGUUCGUAAUCUUUGGCCUUGUGCUCACCGCCAGAUCACUGUCCCAAAACCUUGGCUGCAACUGCAUCAUAC